GCUAUCUUGAGCUUCCUGAUGUCAUCAAAGCUGUUGGAUAUGUGGAGGAUGUACAAUGGUUCGUGGAGAAGCAAGGGGGCUUGUGCCGUUGCUGCUGUUGCUGCAAAGACCGGCGACGACGCCAAGACCGGCGCACGUCCUCCACGAGCGGCGAUUCCGAGUCGGCUGUGUCGGAGGAGGAGGAGGAUUUCUGGGAACACUACGAGCAGCGCGAGUUCGACUCGUUCGCCUUUCCCCCGGGCGUGCUAUGUCCGGCCAUGAUCUGCUGUUCCGUUCCGCCUUCGGAAGGAGAGGAGGCAGAGGUGGCACCUGGAGUGCCGAGUUUUCCACGUCGAAGUCGUUUGGAUCAGAAGAAUUGUUGGGAUUCCGCAGAUGGUGCAGGAAUCAAGGUGAGAGGUCCUGGCUAUUUGCAGGAUCGUAAGAAGUGCGAAAGCAAGAGCCCAAUGUUGGUUCUAGAUGGCGCUCAACUUCUUCGUGGUCGGGACCUGGAAAGCUACAGCAACAGCUCCAAAUGUUGUUUUCGAGGCAACGGUUUUUCGCUGAUUCUGAACUUCCGUCUGCCAGACGUUCAGUUGGUGAUUAGCUGGUCCGUGGCCGAGGGGGCAGAUUGGCUGGACACGCCGCAGGGGCUCCAGUUUCGGAGGUUUGUUUAUGAGAUGAGCGCAGAAGAUCGAAGUCGGCGCUUAAAACUCAUCGCCAGGGUCCUGGAAGGCUCAUUUAUGCUGAAACAGGCAGUGGGCAGCAAGCCAGCGAUCAUUGGCAACCAGUGCAGCAUCCAGUAUUUCCGACACCAGGAUUCCCUGGAAGCCUCGAUGGACAUGGGUGACUCGUCCAUCGGCCGACGUCUACGAGGACUCCUGGAUGGCAGUUCUGUGUUGGAACUCUUCAUCCUCUUAGAGGGCUUGAACCCUGCAGAACUUCCUGAACGUCUCCUGGGAGGGCUGACGCUGUGCCGAGUGGAUGUGGCUUCACUGGCAUCGUGA